AUGCUGCGACGGGACGUCGAGGCAGGCAGUGAAACCGUAGCGGUGCCACCGAGGAAGACGCGGCAGCGCUCGGCCGGCUCGGUCGCGGGCCACUGGCUGCGCCACGCCGAGGCGGCGGCGCCGGCGUGCAUCAGGCGUCCGAUGAAAGGGCUCGACCGCAGGCCCAGGCGGUGGGGAUGCGCGGCCAACGCCGUGCUCCUGGCCUUCAUCAUCACCGUGCCGUCAAUGGUCGUCUUCUUCGGCGCGCGCACCAGCGCGCCGGCGGUGUGGAUCAACGCCGCCAACGCCUUACGCCUAGGAUCAGCACCAGCGCGUGACAGGCUUCUCGGCGGCCUCCUGGCCGACGGCGUCGACGAGAGAUCUUGCCACAGCAGGCACCAAUCGGCCAUGUACCGCCGGAGAGCCGGCAGGCAGCCCUCCCCGUACCUCGUCUCCAAGCUGCGGCAGCACGAGGCCCUGCAAAGACGCUGCGGCCCGGGCACCGCGGCCUACAGCCACGCCCAGGAGCAGCUCAGGUCGGGGAAGAGCCACGCCAGCGUCGGGUCACCGGAGUGCAAGUACCUGGUCUCCAUAUCGUACCGUGGCCUCGGCAACCGGAUCCUGGCCACGGCGUCGGCGUUCCUCUAUGCGGUGCUCACCGACCGCGUCCUCCUCGUCGACCCCAGCAACGAGAUGGGCGAGCUGUUCUGCGAGCCAUUCCCCGGCACGACGUGGUUGCUGCCGCCGGACUUCCCGCUGACGAGCUACACCAACUUCAGCAUCCAGACGGCCGAGAGCCACGCGAACAUGGUGAAGAACAAGGUGAUCAGCACCGUCGACGUCGCGCAGGGGCUACCGGCGUUCGCGUACAUUCACCUCGACCACGACGCCACUGGGGAAGACAAGCAAUUCUACUGCGACGAGGACCAGAGGGUUCUCCGGGACAUCCAGUGGUUGGUGAUGAGGACGGACAGCUACAUCGUGCCGGGGCUGUUCCUGGUCAUGGCCUUCCAGGAGGAGCUCGACAUGCUCUUCCCGGAGCCGGACACCGUGUUCCACCACCUCGGCCGCUACCUGUUCCACCCCAGCAACCACGUCUGGGGCCUCGUCACGCGCUACCACGACGCCUACCUCGCGGCGGCGCACCAGCGGGUCGGCAUCCAGGUGCGCGUCUUCGGCAGUGCCCCGAACUCGCCGGAGCUCCUGGAGCAGAUCACCACGUGCGCGCAGAAGGAGGGUCUGCUUCCGGAGCUGCUCACCGCGGGAGCGCCCGCCGCCACCACGUCGCCGCCUUUCCGGAGGAGGUCCAAGGCCGUCCUCGUGACCUCCCUGAAGGCCUGGUACUACGACAAGCUCAAGAGCAUGUACUGGGAGCAUGCGACCGUGACCGGCGAGGCGGUGGGCGUGCACCAGCCAAGCCACGAGGAGUACCAGCACUUCGGCGCCAGGUCGCACGACACCAAGGCGUGGGCGGAGAUAUAUCUGCUGAGCCUCACCGACGUGCUGGUCACCAGCGGCGGGUCGACGUUCGGGUACGUGGCGCAGGGCCUCAGCGGCCUCACGCCGUGGGUGAUGUUCAAGCCGGACAACGGCUCUGUGGUGCCCAACCCGCCCUGCGGCCGGGACGUGUCCAUGGAGCCGUGCUUCCACGCGCCGCCGUUCUACGACUGCAGGAUCAAGCAGGGGGCGGACACCGGCAAGAUCGUGCCGCAGGUGCAGCAUUGCAUAGACGUGGCCUGGGGCUUAAAGGUUGUUCCUCCUAAUACAUAA